AUGUCACUUAAGUACCAGAAAUUCCUCCUUUUUGGUGACUCAAUCACAGAGUUCGCGUUCAACACGCUAGCCGAUGAAACCAGGGGGCAUCAAUUUGCCCUAGGGGCCGCGUUAUGCAGGGAUUACACCAGAAAGCUUGACAUCGUCCAGAGAGGCUUCAGUGGCUAUAACUCUCGAUGGGCUCUUCAAAUACUUCCUCGAAUUUUGGAGAAUGAGUCCUCAAGUGAUAUCGUAAUGUGCACAAUUUUUUUUGGCAGUAACGAUGCGGCUUCCGCUGGCAGACAGCGAGUGGAGAUAACAGAAUUCAUUCAGAAUAUGACAAAACUCGUCCAUAUACUAAAAGAUAAAGAUAUCAGACCUAUUCUAAUCGGGCCCGGGCUUCAUGACAGCGAGCGCUGGGCAGCGUUGAAACCAGACCAGAUCGGCCAGGGAAUUUUCCGCUCAAAUGACAACAACAAGAGAUAUUCUGACGCUCUUCAACAAGUUGCAUUGCAGGAAGAAAUUCCUUUCGUCAACCUGUAUGAGGCAUUUCAAAAACAGGGUGGAGAUAAAUGGCAGGAGCUUUUGUUGGAUGGCGUCCAUUACACCGGAAAAGGGUACGAAGUGUUUUAUCAUGAGCUUCUCAAAGCUAUACGCUCAGCCUAUCCUGAAUUUGCACCAGAAAAUGUUACCUACAGGCUUCCCAACUGGAGGGACGUGGAAGAGAAUGGCUCUAAUUUAAAGGAGUUUCUUUAA